UGAUCAUCUCAAAACUCAACUAAUGACGACUCUCCUCGAUCCUGAAUACCGGAACUUGACAUGUCGCUGCUGCCAUGAUUUAAUGGCACCACCAGAAAUCGCAGUUUCUCUGUUGCUUGUGAUGUUUAUGCCACAAAGAAGGCAGUAUGGUGCACAUGUGUAUGUAUAUGUGUCGACACUUGAUGAGUAAACGCCUUGUAAAUAAUCAAACAUCAUAAUAUUAAAAUUAACAAAUAUGUCAUGUGUGAAAUGAAGCGAGAACCUGCCUGAUGUUUCAUUCAUUUUCUGUUUCCCUUAAAUAAAUACGUAACGUAUGGAGGAUGGUACAUCAUCAUGUUGGGUGAUCCUUGUUCGUUUUUAACACUAGCUUAGGCUAGGUCUAGUGGUGUGUAUGCGUAUGCUGUUAAAAUUAAAGAAGGAAAUCAAAAAGUCGCAUGUCAAGUGUUUUCGUGAUCGUGAUGGUUGUUGAGUUGAGCCGUGAACCCUGACUGAUUGACCUUCGUAUCCAUACAAUUACAACAAAUCAAUGUUGUGAUGAGCAUGUUUUGAAUACAACGAGGAACUCCAACUCACUCAUGACAUUACAUCUUUAUCAAAAACCUGAACGUGUUAAACAUGCCAGAAGUAAUAAAGAGCUAAAAUGGGACAGAAAGUGAGUUCAAGUCCGAGAGUGAGGACAAAUUAUGGUAGUCCCAUUACGCAUCCCCACCAAGCAGUACAUGAACCCUCUAUAGCUGGGCCUGGUCUUCAUAGUCUUGGUGAAUCUAGUAAUACAAAUCCUGUUUCUUCAAUACAUCAUCUGGCAAUGGGGAGUGGUACAAGCAACGGCCACCAGUCCAAUAAUCAACGAGCAUCCUAUCAUGCCAGUACUUCCUCCUAUGCAGCCACAUCAUCAGUGUCCACCUCUCAACAACACUCUAGAAACAGAGCCCGAUCUCUUGGUAGUGCUCAAAAUGGUGAUACUAACAACAGUAGUGGUAUGAAUAUACCUGGAUUAAUGGACUUGACACUUGGCACAGAAUCUGAUGAUAGUUCUCCCGAGGACAAUUUAUCCCUUCCUGUUGUAACUCGCAGUCGUGGGAGGACCUUCCCGUUUCAUGCUCAGUCACUACCAGCACACCUCUUUACAACACCUAUGCUUCUGCAACAAGGAAUCAAGUGCCCAGUCUGUGCUAAAUCUGUGCCCCCUGAUGAUGUGGAAUGCCAUUUGGUAAUAUGUUUGACAAAACCAAGGAUUGUAUAUAACGAGGAUGUCCUGUCAGCAGAUGCUGGAGAGUGUGUCAUAUGCCUAGAUGAUAUGCAACAAGGAGACACUAUAGCAAGACUACCAUGCCUGUGUAUUUAUCAUAAAAGUUGUAUAGAUAUGUGGUUUGAGAGGAAUCGGUCUUGUCCCGAGCAUCCUGCAGACUAGAUACAAGAGUUGCCUUGCCUACUAAAGUUAUCAGGGAAGUAAAAGCUGGUACAUCUUUUUUGAACAAGAUCAUUGAAGAGUCAGAAUCCAGAGGUUUUGUAAUGCUGCAGGUAUUCUAGAAUAGCGUCUUCUCUACCCAUUCUGUGCACAUUGAGGUCAAUGUCUGCUAGUCACUGAUGGCACUAUGAGUCAAACCAAUGAUGAAUUAGGCUACAAGUCUUAAACAAUUUAAAUCAUUGCAUAUAUUUUGUGAUGUAGAAUCAUCCUGUUCACAGUGAUGCAAUAGAGGUAGCUUGCCAGUUCCAUGGCAGUUCCAUUUAAAAACAGACGUUACUUGUGUUUGAAAUCUGGCCAUUAAGGCAAUAUUAUUUAAAGCCUACCAUGUGUACACACUGUUCACAAUGGGGCCUUGAAUCGUUUUCCAAAGCACUUGCACAAACUAUAUCAAUCCGAGGUGAUACGGUGAUAAUAGUGACAAAGCCACUGACUUCACAUGAGCACAUAUGUUUGAUAUUACUAUUGAUAACCGAUCUAUAAAACCAGCAAAAUGCUAAAGCGAAUUUAAAGGAACACUUGGCAUUGGAUCGGUCGAGUUGGUCCUUAAAAAGCGUUAGUAACCUUUUGUUAUAGAAU